CCUCUCACAGUGAAUCACAGUGAUGAACGAGUCAGGCCCUCGCAAGAUCCUCCCUGACCAGUCGUCGGAGAGUCUGCGCACCAUCGGCACCUCCCGCCAUGCGAGCGUCACCAACCCCAUUCUGUCCAAGCGGGUGUGCUUCUACAAGAGCGGCGAUCCCCAGUUCAGUGGCCUGCGCAUGGUGGUCAACAACCGCUCCUUUAAAACCUUCGACGCCCUCCUGGACAGCCUGUCCAAGAAGGUACCGCUGCCGUUUGGGGUGAGGAAUAUCACCACCCCGCGGGGGGUCCAUGCCAUCAACACGCUGGACGAGCUGGAGGAUGGCAAGUCCUACAUCUGCUCUGACAACCGCAAGGUAAAGCCCAUCAAUCUGGCACUGGCCAGGAGGAAGCUGGCGCCCUGGUACCACGCCAGGCCAGUGAGCUCCCGCCGCCGGAACUUGCAGUGGGCCAGGUCCUUCCCUGGACGGCAGGAACCCAUGCUUGUGCACACGCCAAAGAGACUGGCGGUCUUUCGGAAUGGAGACCCCUCAGUCAAGCACACGGUGGUGUUGCAAAAGAGGAGUGCGACGACCUUUGAGUGGAUUCUGGAAUAUAUUUCAGAGAUGAUGCAGUUCCAUGUGGUGAAGCUACAUACGACUGAUGGCAGACGCGUGGAGGGGCUCGCAAGCUUGAUCUUGUGCUCCGGCGUGGUGGUGGCGGCGGGCAAAGAGCAAUUCAGACCUGCAAACUACAACGCCCAAAAGUCGCCGGGAUCCAUAAGGCCACCCGGCAACCGGAUGAGCGUCAGGAGACUGAAGGCUAUGCACCGCAAAAAGAAGUCGCCGUCAUAUGGGUCCAAGUCAAGAAACUUCUCCACGUCCUCUGAGCGCUACAUCGUGAACAAGAUUCACAAUUCCCUCAUGGAAAGCUCGUGCGACCUUCCCAGCCACCCCGCCAACUCCGUCGGAUACGAGUCUGGACAUGUAGCUGCCGAAACCCAGGGCGGGGAGCUGAACUAUGCGCAGCCUGAUGAGGACGACAUUGAAAAGUCCUUUCGGGUGAACCAAGAUGGUAGUAUGACAGUGGAAAUGAGGGUGCGCUUGACCGUCAAGGAAGAGGAGACCCUACACUGGACGACCACCUUAAUGCGCUCCAGCAUGGCCAAUCAUCUUAACAUGGACUGUUUGCAAGAACCGCAGUUGGAGCAGGACGUCUCUCCCGCCACGCCAGAUCUACAAGACCUUAUCUCCUCCAAUGACACCAUCAACAAGGAUGAAUCCAAAGACGACCACGACGAGAAUCCGCCGUCACUGGGCAACAGGGUUUUAAGUCUAAGCAGCUACGAAGAGGACACUGUCGAAAUCCAGGCAACGUCUCCCAGGAGAGCGCCAACCCCGGGACAUACACAAAUCAGAAACAAGCAUGCUUCAAUGGAGAGCGUUGGAUCUUACUCUUACCGAGAAGAGACAGAAAACGGAGCCUUGACAGAGCAAUACUGCGUUGUCAGGCAGAGCAGCACCAGGCCAAUACCCAAACCAAGAAGGCUCAGCUCGAUGGACGCUAACAGCAUGAACAACGCAUCAUAUAAAUCGGCUGAAAUCAUGCAUAUGGAAUCCAGCGGGGAGGAGAUCACUGAGACGGUCUUGCAUAUUUAUGAACAGCAAACUUGCCAGGAUAAUUACAACGCAAACGUGGGUUCAUUUUAUCGACCCGCUACUUCAGAAACAAGACACCUUCACAGAAAUGACGUCUUUGAACACGAGUCCUGGGAACCCUCAACAGCCUCUGAAUCUAUUAACAUCUGGAAUGCUGGGAACAAGCUAGCAACAUCACAUUUCCCUUCUGCUAAGCAUGGCAGAGUAAAAGCGACACAGGCAGCCAAGUCCGCCAAAGGCAAAGAAAAACAACCUCGGCCUAAGACCAGAAGGAGCCCCAAAGUAAGAAACAAAAGUAUGAGACGUCUUCUGUCGCCUGGUAAAAGGCAGAGAGAAAACGGAUCGGGAGAUAUGAAGAAACGCAAGAAAGCUACACCAUUCUCGAACAAAGGGUUCAUCAGGAAGAUUUACGGGAAUAAAUUAAUACCAGCAAAAAGCCCAGUAAAGCUCAAAAGGAGAAUGACAAAAAAUCUGGCGCGGAACGGUGGGGCAAAGAACUCAAAGCAAUCAGAUAAAACGCACCCAAAAACACUCCAGAACCCAAAUUUAAGUGAGGCACGGAGAGUGCUGACCCGACAGACGUCGGUACAUCGAGAUGAGCAUCGUGAUGUGAGCGAGCUAAUAUCCCCGCCUGCUUUUGACUUCUGCAGCUCAGUUGCAAAUGAAUAUGUUCAGAAGUGGCUGGAGAAAGUGCCUAUUAAACAACAUACUGACUGCCUGAGAAAGACCAACGGGACAGAAAAUCGGGGACUUGUUCCUGCUGCUGUGCUGCAGAAUGUCAGAGAAUUAACAACACAAACAUUGCCUGAGGAUUUACGGGUAACUUCUGUCAGAGAUCGAAUCCAGUCCUUGGAGAACAACAUGGUUCCAUCAAAUCAUCAGACAAAUGGCGAAGGAAUAAAAGCUCAGCCUAAAACCGACAAGAAAAUGCCACCUGUCAGCGCACCCAAAACUCAUGACGGACUUCAAGAGAAUUCUGAUGUUCUUUCAUCAAAUUUCUUUCUACCGCCUUCACCCAAAGAGAAAAGGCCGGAAGCAUCAGAUCAAGAAUAUCACAUGGCCUGCAGCCCAAAGUGCGUGCAGCCAGAACUGAGAAGUCAAACGUCGGAUAAUCGCCCGCCAUCUGCCCAGGCUUUACUGCAUGCCCAGCACGUCAUGAAAAUCACUCAACUGCUGGAGGCUGAGGUUUCAAAGGAGCUGGAAACAUUAUCAAGAUCUACGUCUAUCAAAAGGGCACCUUUGGUCAGUAAUGUGUCUCUGGAAAGGAAAAUGUCCCUCAGAAAGUCGAGUAUGGAAAAAUUUACCAUAUGUAACAAUGAAGAGCAACAGCAAUCACUCUUGGAUAUUAAGAGCAACUCUUCCGUGUCUUCAAAUAGUCUUCACUCAGAAGAGAGGCUGUCCUCAUUCAGUGUGCCAUCGGAUGAGGUUCCAAAUAAUAUGCCACUGCCCAGGCCAAAAAUCAGGGACAGUUCAAAAUCAAAAUCCAAAAAUGCCACUCCUGAGCUUUCCAAAAGGUCCCAAUCAUUACAGUGCCAUGCAAAUGUCAGCCCCAUGCCAAACAAAAGGCAGACGCAGUCAAGAUCCGAACAAUGGAAACAGACCGCACCUUCCAAAUCGUUGGACCUGGCAUCGCCUCCACUCAGACCCAAGUCCAAAAGAAGGAUGCUGUCCAGAAAUUUGUCGGCAGAUUCAGGUGUAAGAAAAACACCAUCUUUGAGAAAGCAGCUAAACUCUCUCCAGGCCAUAAAACCGUCAGCCUGUACUUUUGUAAGUGCUAAAGAGACCGAUGAGCUCCAAAAGCAAGACCAAGUGAAAUCCACAACUGACACAAAAGUAAAAGCACAGCUGCCAAACAGUGUCGACCGGCCAAACAUGGGACCCGUCCUUGAGAGCGUUUGCUUCUCUAUCAGGUCUAUACGGCUUAUCGCCCAAAGCCAAUCGUGCUUGGAAAAGUCCAACAGUGGGCGAGACUUCUCCUGUCACGUGGCCACCACGUUUGGCUCCUCAUCCAAAGUUUUCCUGACGUUCUUGUCCAUCAUGGCCCUGAAAGACAGCAUUGCCAACCUCUAUUUGGACCAGGUGAAGGUGAAUGAUGUGAGCUCUGCUGAGGCAUUGAGAAUGAUCGACUCCCUGAGGGAAAUCACUAGCGUGGAGGACAGCCACCGGUUAGAAGAAAGUCUGUCGGCUUUAUGGAAGUCGGCUUCGAGACACAUCCUGGACAGCUGGUGGGACUUCCAGUUGCUCGUUGACACAUAUCCAGAGGAACGGGCCAUUGAUGACCUAAUUGAAGGGUUUGACAUACCCCAGAUCCUUAAAGAAGAACUUGUGUCUCUCUCAGCUGGUUCCGUCAGCGCGAGUCAAGAGAAGCCGAAGGCUAAUUCUGAGGGCUGCAGUUCCGGGACUGAGGAACGUAAUGAUGAGUUGACAUAUAAUGUUGAAGAACAGCAGAAAUUGAACCCGGACCACGCAUCACAUGCUGCUGUGGAACGAUGCCCGGAAGAGAAAUAUGAGGACAAGACACACGGCGAUGACUGUUAUGUGGAACUGAAUCCCAGCAGGAAGGCAAGUUCAGAAAAAGAGCUCCCAGAAACCGAAGGCAUAAUGCAGAAUCUGGAUGAAGCUCAAUCAGAGGUUGAGGACAAAGGAUUGAAGGUUAUUGUAGAGAAAAGGCAAUCUGGACGGGACAAAGAGAAUGAGGAAGAACUCAGAAAUGAGACAUGGAAUAUACCGGACCACAAAAGACAAAUUUGUGACCGCGAUCCAGAGAGAUACCAUCCACAGGAUCCAGCCGAUGAUGAGAGCGGCAACAACCUGAGUGGUUGUGACAACCAAGCAGAGUCGUCGGCGCUCGAAUACCACCAAAUCCAAAGCUCGGAUGAGGAAGAGUUGAGCUUCUCUGAGAAAACGUCAGGCUCAGAGGAGGAAUGUGGCUCUUUAGCGGAAUACCAAGCCCCUGUGACGGACACAAAAUGUGACAAAGUGGAAGUUGCCAAAGACCUGUCUGACGAAGAGACUUCCAAGCCUGUCGCGGUCAGGGUGAGUCUUCUGGAGAAGCAGGCUGCUGAUGCGCAGAAGACACGGAACAACAAAGAACACAACAAAAAAGUCUCGCUUUUAUCCGAAGAGUCCAUUGAAAGAUUUCAGCAGUGCAGCCAAUUCGCCCCGCCGUCAUCACUAUCCUUCAGCUACGACUCCAGCGGUGUGGCAACCCUGGAGCCUGAAGGCAACAGGGUCAAGUUCAUAAGGGAAAUGUUCCUGGCAAAAAGUUUCACAGAUAAUAGAAAGCAGAGCCUGCCCUCUGAGAUGUCAGAAAGUGGCGGCUAUGAGACACGAACGUCGAGUGAGCAGUCAAGCAGUGAAGAAGAUCCGGCACGGAAGUCCAUCACCAAAGGCUUCGUGAGGAGAACAAUCGAAAGGCUUUACGGGAAGACCACUGCUGUCGAGAGACCCCCAUCGGCCCCCAGAACCAAAAAGAAGCACUCCAACAUUUUCCUGCCUUUUCAUACAGCAAGAUGCAAAGCGGCGUCUGAGUUGUCUUACUUCAACUCUACAGAUGCUUUGGACACCUUGACCGAGGCCACCCGCUGCAUCGCAUUCAACGCACAAGUCGGACCUGGUGACAGCGUUGCCAUCGACGACGGACGAUGGCUCAUCAGGGAGAACACACUCAUCCGGAAAUCUGUUUCCGACCCGACCGGAAUCAACACGAACCUGGUCAACUCCGCCCAUGAUGAAGACGGCUGCGGGGACACGCAAGAGGACACUCCCUACUCCCUUUUUAGCAUCACGUCCGAGCCAGAAGACCACAAAAAAUCCAAAAGGUGCACCUAUUUCUCUUUGCCGCACACCAGCGACUCGGAGGUGUGUCACGAUGAACCGAGCGCCCAGGAGUCAAAACCGGAGAGCGUUGCUAAAAUGAGGCCCGAGAGAAAUGGCUCUGCUGUCGGGAUGCAGGACAACAAAGUGCACCCGUUGGUGGAGCCCCCGGCAGACGGUGAGGGAGUAGUCGUGGAACAGCCCAAGAAAGGACACGGAGUGGUCACCCGAAGCCUCCAGGAGCCAGACGUGUUGGAUCUGUUAUACAACUUUUGCGGUGAAAACUGUCCCAUCUUGUGAAGGACUGACUCAUGAAUAUCAUCUUUGGUGCCUAUGUUUUUUUUUUUGUUUUUUUUUUUAAUGUUCCCAUAGCCUUGGGCAUAUAUUGUUGACUGCGAGCAGACUGCAUUAUUUUAUUUUCCAUUUUAAAUGUCUUCCUGUUGACACAAAGGCAUUUAGUUCCCCUAAAGUACCAAAUGUUUAUCGCCUCAAAACCAAGGCAUCCAACCGACAUUUCUUUUUCUCGUGCUGUUACACCACCAAUGUCAACAUUCAGCACUUCCAGUGCAUCGAGUGUAAAUAUAGAUGGCCGUUUUUGUUUUGUUUCUGUUCACGGUUUUUACCCGUCAUCAGGACAGAAGCUCUGGGAUUAAUUAGUGUAAUCUGCUUUUAAAGCUCUUAAGAGAGAGACCAAGUCCCAGCAGCUGUCAGAUGUCAGGGCAGGAGGUGCAGCUAUGAUGUGACCUAACGUUCGGUCACAAUGUACAGUAUGUUUUUCCUACGUCAUAGUUUGUAAAGCGGGGGUAUACGCACACACACCGAUUUUGAACAUCCUCACAGAUUUGUCUUUUUUUUUAAAUAUGAGAGACCACAAAACAUGACAAACAAAAUCACCAAGUGUAUACUUACUGAU